AUGUCCUCAACAGCCUUGAACAGCCCGCAAAUGUUCCCAGCAAAAUGCUGUUGCCAAGAAAUCCCCGUACAAGCACUCGUGGCGGUGAUGAGCUCUCGAAACAAAAAGCACUAUAUUGUUCGGCGUGAGGAGAAUAAUGUUCCUCCUCUAGAGCGCCUGUACUGUCCUCGGGCGAAGUGUGCCCGAUGGAUUCCCCCAAAGAGCCCCGGGCCACGGUUAGGAUAUCGCGUUUGUCCUUAUUGCCGGGCAAAGGUUUGCCCUAAGUGUGGGGACUUUUUCCAUCUCGGUUGGCCAUGUAGUCAUGACUCCGAGACGAAGGCGACGUUGCGACUGGCAAAGGAGAAUCGUUGGCAGAGAUGCUCCAACUGCCUGUAUUUGGUUGAGAAGGUCGAUGGAUGUAACCACAUCAUUUGUAGGUGUGGCCACUCAUUUUGGUAUGUGCAUGUGUGUCUGUCCCCAGGGAAAUAUUAA